UGAAGAAACCGAAAGGAACAUAGAAAGAAAAGAGCUUUUGUUUUUCCUCCUUUCUCUAGGCCUUUGUAGUACCUCUCUUUUCUCUUCUUCUUCUUCUUCUCUCUUUCAUUCAUCUCUUCUAUCAUAAAAAUAAAACUAUAUACUAUAUACUACUUAAGCUAUUUCUAUAUUAUUUCAUAUACUUAUAUAUAUAUCAAAAUUUCUUUGCUUAAUUUUUUCUAUAUUGAGUUGAGUUACCAUGUUAGCUAAUACCUUAUCUCCAUCUUCACUUCCAUCUUCUGACCCUUUUUCUUGCACUGAAAAUGGCACUUCUUCCACCAAAAAAAGAAAAAGAAGACCGGCCGGAACACCAGAUCCAGAUGCAGAAGUGGUGUCUCUCUCACCAAAAACAUUAUUGGAAUCAGAUCGUUAUGUAUGUGAGAUCUGCAACCAAGGAUUCCAAAGGGACCAGAAUUUACAGAUGCAUAGGAGAAGGCAUAAGGUACCAUGGAAAUUAUUGAAGAGGGAGACACCAGUUGUUAGGAAAAGAGUUUUUGUUUGUCCUGAACCAACUUGUUUGCACCAUGAUCCUUGUCAUGCUUUAGGUGAUCUUGUUGGUAUUAAGAAACAUUUUAGAAGGAAACAUAGUAAUCACAAACAAUGGGUUUGUGAAAGAUGUUCUAAAGGUUAUGCAGUGCAAUCUGAUUAUAAAGCUCAUCUUAAAACUUGUGGUACUAGAGGUCAUUCUUGUGAUUGCGGUCGAGUUUUCUCGAGGGUUGAGAGUUUUAUUGAGCAUCAAGAUGCUUGCAACAUGGGAAGAAUUCUUCAUUCAGAAUCUCAACCACUUCAAACACCAACUGCAUGCUUAUCAAGAACAGCUUCAAGUCCAAGUCCAUCAAGUGAAACAAAUUUCAUAACAUGUCCUUGGCAAACUAGGCUUCAAAUAAUUCCAAAAGAACCAACAAUUUUCAUGAACCCUAUUUCUCCUAUUACUCCAACUACUACUAUUUCUACUACACCUUCUCAAAUAUUUUCAAAAAAUAAUAAAGUUGUACUUCAUCCAAAUUUGGAACUUCAACUCUCAACUACAUCAUCAAAAAGCAUUGAUUUAGGAGCAUCAUCAUCAUCACCAAAGAGACAUGAUCAUAUGCAAAAGGUGAUUAACCAAUCAACUCAAUUGCAUCUUUCAAUUGGGUCAACAAAUAUGAGUCAAAAAAAUAAUAUUGAAUCAAACAAUAUUAUAAGAAACUCAAACUCAUCACCAAAAGAAAGUAGCAAUAGUAGUGAGAAAGUUUCAACAACAACAACAAGCAUGGCUUUGUUAAGGGUUCAAGAACAAGCAAGAGAACAACUAAGGAUAGCUAUUGUUGAAAAAGCUUAUGCUGAAGAAGCUAGAAAACAAGCAAAGAAACAAAUUGAAAUGGCUGAACAAGAGUUCAACAAUGCAAAGAGGAUAAGACAACAAGCACAAGGUGAACUUGAUAAAGCUUAUGGAUUGAAAAACCAUGCAACUAAACAAAUCAAUUCAACUAUGCUUCAAAUAACUUGUCAAGCUUGCAAACAACAAUUUCAACAAGAUGAUAAUAAUAAUAAUAAUAACUCUUUGGUUUUGAGUUAUGUUUCUUCAGCUAUAACAACUGAAGGUGGUGAAGUAGAAAAUGAUGAUGGAAAAGGCAAAACAACUACCUAAAUGUUAGAUAUCAUCAUCAUUGUUAUCUUUUUCUAUGGUGUUUCUCUAUAUUUUUUCAUGUCCACUUUUUUUUUUAUAAGGCUAAUUAAUUAAUAUCUUUGUGAAUUGGUAUACCAAGUGAAGUUAUAAGAGUGAGGUUGAUUAUGUAAGUUGAGAUUAUUAAUUAAUAGUUGGGGAGGGGAAAAAUUAGUGAGUGUAUUAAUUCAUGUAACUUGAAGCAGUUUGUGAGGUGUUAUUUGUUAAUUAAAUUUGAUAUAAAUGCAGACUAUAUCAUCAUAUAAAGGGUUUCACUUGUAUGGUU